AUGUUAACAAAAUCAGAUAUAAAUCCAUUCGACAGUCAAGAAGCGAAACCAUUUCGACACGACACAGAAAUAAUGGCGAUGAAUCGCUUGGUGGGAGCGUAUCAAAAUAACGAUAUUCGGGAAUUCGAGAAUAUUUUGAAACAAAAUCGUGAGACAAUUAUGGCUGAUCCCUUCAUUCGGGAACACAUCGAGGAGCUUCUAAAUAAUAUCCGAUCACAGGUGUUACUGCAGUUAAGUCAACCCUAUUCACGCAUACAGUUGUCGUAUCUAGCCGAUGAGCUGCAUAUAUCAGUGAAAGAAGUGGUUGUUCUAUUGGUUGAAUUGAUAUUGGACGGAUCUCUAUCGGCUACGAUCGAUGAAAUUCAUUCCACACUGAUCGCAAAUCCACCCGCACCUUCAGCC